AAUUAGUUAAUGCACCGUUGUUCAUUGAUCCAAUUGCGUGGUUGCAAUACACCCACCUACACUCUAUACCUCUCCUCCCACGAAUAACCUCAAACAACACAAAACACACCACACAAAAUGGCCACCACCACGAAACUCUUCCAACCCCUCCAGGUGGGCAACAUGCAGCUCGCCCACCGCCUGGCCAUGGCCCCGAUGACGCGCUUCCGCGCCGACGACGCCCACGUGCCCAUGGACAUGGUCGCCGAGCACUACGCCCAGCGCGCCGCCGUCCCCGGCACGCUCCUGAUCACCGAAGCCACCCUCAUCUCGCCGCGCGCCGGCAGCUACCGCAACGUGCCGGGCAUCUGGACGGAGGCGCAGAUCGCGCAGUGGCGGAAGGUGACGGACGCCGUGCACGCCCGCGGCUCGUACAUCUACAUGCAGCUGUGGGCGCUGGGCCGCGUGGCCGACCCGGCCGCGCUGAAGGAGGACACCAACGGGGAGUUUGAGGUGGCGUCGGCGAGCGCCAUCCCCGCCGCACCCGACGCGCCGACCCCGCGGGCGCUGACGGAGGCGGAGAUCCGCGCCUUCAUCGGGGAGUACGCGCAGGCCGCCCGGAACGCCAUCGCGGCGGGCUUCGACGGCGUCGAGAUCCACGGCGCCAACGGGUACCUGAUCGACCAGUUCAACCAGGACACGGCCAACCAGCGGACGGACGCCUGGGGCGGCAGCGUGGAGAACCGCGCGCGGUUCGCGCUCGAGGUGAUCCAGGCCGUCGUCGAGGCCGUGGGCGCGGAGCGCACGGCCAUCCGCUACUCGCCCUUCAGCACCUUCCAGGGCAUGCGCAUGCAGGACCCCAGGCCCCAGUUCCGCUACCUCGCCGAGAAGACGGCCGAGUUCAAGCUGAGCUACGUCCAUGUCGUGGAGCCCCGCAUCCAGGGCAACACCGAGGGCGAGUGCGGCAACGAGGAUAGCCUGGAUUUCUUCUUCCAGGCCUACGGCCACGCCGGCCCCGUCAUCACGGCCGGCGGGUUCGAUGCCGACUCGGCCAAGAAGGCGGUUGAUGUCGACUACAAGGACUAUGAUGUCGUCGUCGGCAUUGGCCGCCCUUGGACCGCCAACCCCGAGCUGCCCUUCAAGAUCCAGCGCGGCAUCCCCCUACGCCCCUACCAGCGCGAGGUCUUCUAUCUCCCCAAGGAUCCCAAGGGUUACAACGACUAUGAGUACAGCGAGGAGUUCAAGGCUGCCAAGGUCGCCAAGGUCGCUGCUUAGAGCUUUGUGCGGGUGACUUUGAUUUCGACGUAUUGUAUAUAUAGCGGUUUGUUCUACGAGGCGUU